AGUCUUCAUCACUUUUGCGGUUCACACUUGUUCUUUUUCCUCCGAGUGAGAAGAGUUCAGGUUAAAAGUCUCAACUUCCCCUGUGCAUGGAGAAUGAUUUUUGUGCGAUUCGUUGGUACUCCAUGAUUGUUUGGAAGAUGGCUGCAAGCCUGGAGGCUGCGCUCUGUGUUGGAAGCGUCGUUGCCUGGUUACGGCCGCUGCCUGGUAACCGGAGAGAGUCCGCGCGGGGCCCAAACAUUGACGAGGAGGUUCCAGCAGCUGCUGUAGAAAUCGCAGCGAGAUGUAGCCAGGGGUAUGAUCUAAACUACAACAACCAGGAACAGAAUGGCAGAGGCACACCUAUUCAGUAAGAAAAGUAGUGGAUGGCCUGCUCAACUACGAGAGAUGAACAAAGGUUCGUGCCAUCUUGGUUCCUCUGCAUGCCGUAAAUGUGACUGGGGGAAAGAUGCAUUACCAUUUGUCUGCAAAGUGAUUCGUCAUGUCCGUGAAUUAGAAACAAAGACUGAAGCAUGGUUCAGACAGCUUCCAGCACCUGUACGAUCAGAAUCCCAAGAAACAAGUCUAUCUUCAGAAAGUACAAAUGGGAAUGGUGAGAGAUAUGUAAUCUCUGAUACAGAUGUAUCAGAUCAAAAAUUUUCCAGUGAACUUUGUGUUCAAGGUGUUGGACUUGAUCGAAAAGAUGAACAAACCACGGAUUUGCAAAAAGAAGUAAGGGCUGUGCUCUCUGAGAUCAUUGGCUUGAUGGAGGAACUUAAAACUGAAUGCGAAAAGGCAAAUCAUGCUUUAAAAGCAGAAAGAGAACGGGUAACAAUGCUUGGGAAUAAGAUUGAUCAACUUUCACUCUGGUGGCUGCAUGAAUUUCCUGAAGCUGUACAGAAAGAGUAUGACAUAUGCUCACAUGAUAUAGAUGAAUUACAGUGGCAUAUUGAGGUCAAAACAUAUCAUUUACAAAACCUAGAAGAUCAGGUGGCUGAUGCAGAUGCACUGAACAAGAAAUUACAGGAAGAAAUAAACUUAAUCAGGAAUCUUGAAGAUCAACUAGAAGAAAAACUGGAUUUGGAAUACAACAUCAUUAAUGAUAUUUUACCAAAUCAAAAAGAGAUGACUGAAAUCUUUAACAAAGCUAAUUCGGACCUUAAUGAAACACAGCAGGAAUUUGAUGAUACUAGUGCAAAUGCAGAGUUUGAACAAAAAUUGAUCAGUGAAGAACUUCUCGCAAUCGAAAGCAAAACAGCAGAUCUCCACAAAGACUUGAUCAAUGCCAAGGAUCUCUUAGAUAUAUAUACUACUCGGGAGAACGAAAUUCAGAAGCAACUUCUAGAAGCAGAAGAAUUAUACAAUCAACUUAUUAAUGAAUCUGCUGAAAUGGAACAACAGAAAAAUAUCAAAGCAGAGAGCUUGAAGCAAUUAAAAAUUAGGCGUACAGAGAAACGCACUGAGAUAAGUGUCCUGACAACAGCUUGCACUGAGCUGAGAAACACACUUAAGGAAAGAAUAACACUUGGCAAAAUUGAAUUGUCACAACAUCACAGAGAACUUGAAAAAACAUUACAUGAACUUAGGUAUUUGGAGAAAGCAAACAGAGAACUUGAAUUGAAUAUUGAAAGCCUCAACAAUGACAUUAAAGAAAGUCGGCAGGAAAGAAAUAAAAUGAAGAAAGAAAUCCGGCAAAUGCAGGAAGCUCUAAAGAUGAAUAAUAUCAAGCUAGUCACAGUGAAGAAACAGCUCUCCCAAGUGGAGAGGACUCAAAGUGCAUUGAAAGCAAAGUUGUCGAUGCUAACAAAGUCAGCAGUUGAUCAGGAAGAUCAAUUAAAGGUUGAGAUUGAAAAAUUAAAGAAAAAAAUCAAAGAGGCAAUGGUACUGCGCUCAAAACUUCAGGUCAAGGCUAAAGCAGAGGCUGAUGAACUAAAUCGUAUUAAGGAGGGUGCUGAAAAGAAGAAGGAAAGUGUUUUAAAAAAGGUUACACAAGCUGAGAAGAUUGUUGAAAGUAUUGAAGCCAAGUUUAAAGAACUUGAAGCCAUACACAAGGCCCAAAAUGAAACAUUCUUGAAGUUGAGUGUGAAACUAAAUGAAUUCAGAGGAAACUAUCAAUUGAGAACUGACAAUAAGGAAAAAGAAAAGAACAAUAUGAAACAACAAUUGAUUGAUGGUCAGAAAGAAUAUUCCGACAGCUUCAAUCAGCUUAACGAUACCCUCAAGCAAAUUGAGGUUAUACGGGAACAUUUUCUUCAGAAGCAAACCUUAAGAAAUAGAUUAUUGAAUGAGAUUGAAAAAUACAAAAAUAGCAUUCUGGGUUUGCGACCAAUGCUCGAAGCAGCUGAGUUCAAGCAAAACAAUGCUGAAAACUUCAUUUCUAAACUAAAGGAGGACCUUGAUGUAGCUAUUAAAAGAAAGACACAUUUGGAAGAGGAGCAUUGGAAAUUGAUUAAUGAUCGAAAAGAUAAACGUCAAGAAGUUAGGGUCAAACUUGCCCUAGCAUUCAACGAUAAUACUAAUCGAACUGAAGAGUAUCAGCAACUGCAACAAGCUUUCAAAAGUGCAAAAAACGAGCUUGCAGAUAUCUAUGAUGACAGACAGAAGACAGAAAUACGGAUUAAAGAUUAUUUACAGCUCUCUGUACUGCAUACCAGGAUGCAUAAGGCACUAGUGGAGUACAGCAAACAACAAGGCCUUUACAGCCAAGCAGGACUGGCCAAAUCUCUGGCUCUUUCAAAUGAAAAUGCUCGGACAAUAAUAACUGUGCAGGCAAAGAUGUCAAAAUCCAUUCAGCGUAUCUCUGCUUUUCUACAAUCUUUGGCAGACUCCUGUGAGACAAAGAACGACACAGCAAACAAACACAGCAAGCAAGAUGGUGUAAUCAAAGACAAGAAAAGUCAAGCAGUUCAAAUAACAGUGUAAUUGGACAUUCACCUGUUUGCCAUUUCACACUUCCAUGGACUGCAACUCAGUCACCUCCCAGCAUGCUUUGUCUUCUUUUACUUACAGCAAAUCCAUAACAAUGAAACAGGUGACUUUCAUGCUGCUGUCAGGAACAAUCUCAUUUCAGCUCUGGGUGACUGAUUGCAAUUGGCUUUGCCUCAUCUGAUAAUUAAUCUAUGUCACCAUUAAUUGGAAGAGAGAAUAAUUACUGGCGAUGUUGACAGUGACUGUACGCUUCUCCAGAUUUCUGCCUAUUGCUCAGGCCUAACUAAUAACUCUGCAGUUCAUCACUGAAACUUUACUUUAUACAUGUUGUAACAAUCUCUGUAGACAUGUAAUGUUUUUGCAUAUGCCCGCUAGGCCCUUUGUUAUCACUUGUCAAUAGUUUUGAAUUCCAAAAGCUGACUCCAUCUUAGCACUCGUUUGUAUUCUGUCUUAAUUUUGUGGAAGUUUAAAGUUUUCAAUGAGCUGGAGAUGAAUGAUUAAUGAAUAAAUCCAAAUGCUUCAUUUUGUCCAUG